AUGGCGCUACUGCCGUCGCUUCCAGCGCGGUUUUGCGCCACGCGCUUCAUUCCAGUGGUCGUGGUCUGCCUCUUCUUCCUCGCCGCCGUGCACUACCUCGACUUCUCCGUCGUGCCGUCCUCUUUGACCUCACAAAAGGACAACCCAGAUCACCAUCAGCAAGGGCUUCCCGAGAAGCAAAAACCGGAAGAGGCCAAUGGAGAGAAGGAGGCAGAAAAGCCUCAGUCCAAGCCAGAGGGCGGAUGCCUUCCCGAGUUGCAGUUCCUCCAGUCGCCUGAGCUCGGGCUGUCGAAGAAAUUCGAAUACACCCGCCGUUGCGUGAAACCCGUCUUCUCCGCUGCUAUCGACCGCGAUGUCGUUUCCAACCUCAGCCAGCCGCUCUUCACGCAGAGCCUAUCCGUCGAUCUCGAAUCCUGCCAGAGCAUCGAACAAAUCCCGUGCGAACCUCUCGAGCUCACCGUGCCGAACCCCUACCCUAAGAAUAGUUAUAAGAAUUUCGUCUUCGCGGUCGCCACUUCAUAUGAGAGACUCGGCGUUUCAAAGUCAACGUUUGCGCACUGGAUGGCAAACACGGACGCUUUGCUUAUUGGACUGAUAACGGAUGAGGAGAAGCCGGACUCUCCCAAGCUUGAUUUCCCUGCCCUUGAAGAAGAUUUCAAGAAAUCGGGUGUCAACCUGAAGCUCGUUAAACCCCAUAGCCCAAAGCAUUCAUGGAAACACAGCCAUCUAAUGGUCAUUCUCGACAUGAUCGAGGCGGCGACGAACGACACGCAGUGGCUGGGUAUUCUAGACGACGAUACGUUUGUUCCUCACAUGCUGCCUCUUGCCGAAACACUCAAAGGCUACGACCACACCAAGCCCGCCUAUAUUGGCGCCCUGUCCGAGAGCUUCCAAGCCUGCCGCUUCGGCAUGGCUGCCUUUGGUGGCGCCGGUAUCUUCAUUUCCGUCCCCCUCGCCAAAGAGCUAGAGCCGCAUCUGGAGUCAUGCCUCUCAGCACGAGGCGGCGAUAUGCAAUUGAUGGAAUGCAUCUACAAGCACAGCCAUGCCAAGCUGCAAACCGUGCCCGCUCUCCAUCAGCAGGAUAUGCAGGGUGACCUAUCUGGCUUUUUCGAGUCCGGCUGGAGGUAUCUCAGCCUUCACCACUGGAAGAGCUGGUACAAGGCACCGGUUGAGCAGAUGGCCAAGAUCGUAAACAUCUGCGGUGAGUGCUUCCUGCAGCGCUGGGUCUUUGGCGAGGAUACCGUGCUUUCCAACGGCUACUCCAUCGCGAAAUACCCGAAGGGGCUCCCCGAUUUGAACAAGAUGGAGGCUACAUGGAACAACGCGGACAGUGGCGAUUUUGACUGGAGUAUGGGCCCCCUUCGAGCAAAGGUCCAGAAGGGGGAUAAGAAGCUGUAUCGACUCGUGGAUGCCGUACCCACUGAGAGCGGCGGCCUACGGCAGAUAUUCGUUUUCAAAGGGGACAAGGAGAAGAACGAGAACGACGAAGUUAUUGAACUGGUAUGGGACGGAUCAUCAUCAUCAUCAUGA